GACCGGCGGCGGGGCGAGGCGCUGGAGGAGCGCUGGCACUUCGACGCCAAGCAGGGAUCCUGCCUCACCUUCCGCUACGGGGGCUGCGGGGCCAACAGGAACCAUUUCGAGACCUACGAGGAGUGCCGGGCUGCCUGCUUGGGCAGCGCCCGCCCCACCUGCCUGCUGCCCAUGGUGCAGGGUCCCUGCCAGAACUGGGAGCCCCGCUGGGCCUACAACCACCUGCUGAAGCAGUGCCACUCCUUCGUCUACGGCGGCUGCGAGGGCAACACCAACAACUUCGAGAGCAAGGAGACCUGCGAGGACGUCUGCCCCUUCCCCAAGAGCCUGCAGUGCAAGGCUUGCCGCCUGAAGAGCAAGAUGGUGCUGAGCCUCUGCCGCAGCGACUUCGCCAUCGUGGGCCGGCUGAUGGAGAUUGUGGAGGACCAGGACUCCGGCAUCGCCCGCUUCGCCCUCGAGGAUGUCCUCAAGGAUGAGAAGAUGGGCCUCAAGUUCUUCAACAUCAAGUACCUGGAGGUGACCUUGACCGACAUGGACUGGAGCUGCCCCUGUCCCAACAUGACGGCGGAGGACGGGCCGCUCAUCAUCAUGGGCGAGGUGCACGACGGCAUGGCCACGCUGGACCCCA